CGCCCGUGCUGCGUCCCAAGCCCGGGAGGUGCAGGCGUCGGAGCGCGGCGCAGGCCAGGUUUCCGCGGUUGGUUCCUUACUUUUUCAUAACUAGAAGCGAGAACCCGGCGCCCCCUCAACUCGCGUUUGCCCAGAGCGCCGACGGGGAAGCGGAAGUGAUGCCACCAAGAAGAAACGGAAAAUACAAACUUCCUGUUCCACUGCCAGAAGGCAAGGUUCUGGAUGAUGUGGAAGGAAAUAAAUGGGUACUAGGCAAGAUGAUUGGUUCUGGAGGAUUUGGAUUGAUCUAUUUAGCUUUCCCCACAAAUAAACCAGAUGAAGAUGCAAGACAUGUAAUAAAAGUGGAGUAUCAAGAAAAUGGCCCAUUAUUUUCAGAACUUAAAUUUUACCAAAGAGCUGCAAAAAAAGAAUGUAUCAAAAAAUGGAUAGAACUAAAAAAACUUGAUCAUUUAGGAAUUCCUCUGUUUUAUGGAUCUGGCCUUACUGAAUUCAAGGGGAAAAGUUACAGAUUUAUGGUAAUGGAAAGACUAGGAAAGGAUUUGCAGAAGAUCUCUGACCAGAAUGGUACUUUUAAAAAGUCAACUGUCCUGCAGCUAGGUAUCCGAAUGUUGGAUGUACUGGAAUAUAUACAUGAAAAUGAAUAUGUUCAUGGUGAUAUAAAAGCAGCAAAUCUACUUUUGGGUUACAAAAAUCCAGAUCAGGUUUAUCUUGCAGAUUAUGGACUUGCCUACAGAUAUUGUCCCAGUGGGAACCACAAACAGUAUCAGGAAAACCCUAGGAAAGGCCAUAAUGGGACGAUGGAGUUUACCAGCCUGGAUGCCCACAAGGGAGUAGCUCUGUCCAGACGAAGUGACCUGGAAACCCUCGGCUACUGCCUGCUGCGGUGGCUGUGUGGGAAGCUGCCCUGGGAAGGGAACCUGCAGGACCCCGUGGCUGUCCAGGCUGCUAAAACAAAUCUGUUGGAUGAGCUCCCCGAGUCAGUGCUUCAAUGGGCUCCUUCUGGAAGCAGCUGCUGUGAAAUAGCCCAGUAUUUGGUAUGUGCUCAUAAUUUAGCCUAUGAUGAAAAGCCAAACUAUCAAAUGCUCAAGAAAAUUCUGAACCCAGGUGGAAUACCUUUAGGACCGUUGGAAUUUUCCACUAAAGGAGAGAAUGUGAAUGUGCGUACUCCAAACGAUCACAAAGUCGAUUUGCGAAGGGUGGCAACAAAGCAAGUCAAUCAGAUGCAAAAUAGGUUUGUAGAAAAAAAUGUCCCCGGUGCGAGAAGUGCUGCUUCGUACCCAGCGCGGAGAAAAGUGCAGAAAGAGGAGAAGCCGCCAGCUGAAUUGCUUAACAAUGGAACAGCUCAGGAAAGCACAAGGAGAAGACAAAAAUAUUGUGAGUUUCAAGGCUAUUUGAAUGAAGUAAAAAGUUCUCCACAGAAAGACAGCCAUAUGCGGUUCCCAAACUCAUUUUAUGAACCCCAUCAAGAUUCCACCAGUCCAGACAUACUCAACAAGUCAAGAUCAAGAUGUCCGCCUUGGUACACACACACUCCUACAACUGGCACGGAAGUCACAGACUUAAGAAGUUCUACAGGAUUCUCACUUCCAACUUCCCAGUUUACCCUCAGUGAAGAGACAAAGGCAGAUGUAUAUUACUAUGGUGUCACCAUUCUUUUUCUUUUGAUAUUAGUAUGUCUUGCUUUAUAUUUUCUCUGAAGAUACCAAACAAAAUCCUUUAUAUAAUUUUUAAAGGUUCAGUUCUUCACAGAAAUGUUACAUUCUUAUUCAGGGCUUCCUCCCAAACAUUUUCAAGGUAAUUGGCUUUAAAAAAAAGGAAAGAAAAAGAAUACAUUUUAACAAAGUAAGUUUGUAAACAUUCUUUAAAAAACUGCUUUAUAUAUCAUGGUCUCAUGAUACAGUUUGGAAAUACUUUUCUGAACUUUUAGAUCACCCAGAAAAUCUAAAACAAGAGUCAUUCUAAAAAAGGGAUUAACAAUUUUUUAUCAAAGGGGCAAUCUGAAAAUUAAAAUGCUAUUUAUACAGACAACUUAUUUUAUAGAAACUUUUUUUUAAUACAUGUUAUGUCUCCAAAAGUUUUAGAUAGGCUGAUAUAUAGGUACCUUCUAAAAUAAGAGACUAAAAGCUAAGGACAUUUUAUGAAAUGUGAUUAACUGCUUACCUUAGUACAAUAUGGACAUUCACCAAAUAAGAUGUUAAAACUCUGUCUACUAGUCUGUAAUCCUCUCAGCCACUGAAGAUUUUAAAAAUAAAAGUGUCAGUAUUAGCAUGAUUACAAAUAUACCAGAAAUGUUUUCCUUUCUUUUUGAGUGCAUUAAAUUUUUUAUCCCAGAAUAUUUAUCUUAACUUUCUUAUGCAAGAGUAAGGGGAACAUCUGAGCAAAUACCAGACUACUAAUAAGCUAAAUAACAAGGGGAAACCAGCAUGGAUUUCAAGGUGUAUGCACACUGGUGUACAACCAAAAUACCGGCCCCCUGUAAAACUUUGAUGAAAAUUACCUUUUCUACUCUUCACAUGCAAGAAAGUAAUGCAUACAGGUCUAUGGGGUUCACAGACCUACCUAAAUCCAUUUAUCACAAAUUACGAACUAAUGCUGUAGAAGAUAACAUAGGCUCUGGAAACUUUAGGUCUUAAUUCUGGUGUUAAUCACCAAUAGUGGGUUAAUUCUCAACCAUUAAUUCCAAGCACGAGGCAGUUCAGUUUUAAAAGUUAAAUAUUAUUAUUUAAAAAAGCGCAUGUUCCCUUAAGAGAAUCUCUAGAAUCAGAACUGAUAUUUUAUGAUUUUAUAUAAGGUGAACUGACAUCUCUACCUCAGUUUUCCCUUGUUAAAAUACAGAUAACACCAACGACUGUCUCUAAUCACAAAAAUCAAGUAGUGAUACUAGGGAAGGCUUUAGAAAAUUGAAAGCACCUUAUAACUGCAAGGUGUUUUAUAUAUUGAUGCACUUAUAGUUUAUCAUAUGUCAACUGUGCCCUAAGAUGAAUGCUAUAGAGAGCAAAUGACUAGAGACAGGAAUGAAGGCAAACUUCACAUAUAGUAAAUAAAAUGUCACUGACUGAGAGUGCUGUGAGACACUCAAAUCUAGCCUGAAAAGUAACAGAUGCUUCACAGUGCUAGUUCCCUUUCACCUACUGGCUGCCAUUACUCCCAAGUGAAUGAGUCUGCAGUUUGCACGUGGUGACAUGAGGUAUUUACUGAAAGAUUCCAAUGUAUCAUCAGUUGAAUUUAUGUGUCAGUCGUAGUCCAUGAAUGCAUUCUGGAUAUGUUUCCCCCUUCUUGGUUACUUUAGGACAUUAUUCAUUCAUGAGAAAGCAUGAUGAAGAAAGGAAGCACAUGGACAUCUGAAAUGAACUAGUAGUACAGGAACUAAUGAAAAAGAGAUUAUAUUGAAAUAGAUUUUAAAGUC